AUGGCAUCCGACGGUGUACCGGCCGUGUGGAAUCCAGCUUUCAGACCAGACAAUAGCAAAGAUUUGAUUGCAACGGAUCUUAGCCUGGACGUCGACUCGAAAGAACCGAUUGCAGAAAUUACUUCCUCCUCCCCCGACGCAUCUACGGUUUCUGAGGAGCUCGAGGCUCCCAAUAACUCUACACUAUCGGCACCUAAUCCUCCUAUACGCCCGCCGGAAACGACUGCCUCAGACGUGACGCGUUCCGAGCCUUGGUCGCUAGAUGAAAACCCAGCCGCAGUUGGUUCGCUGGAAGAGCCUGAGAGCAAUGAUGAACCGUGGGAGACGGCUCAAAUGAGCGACGAUCAUGUUUCUCAACCCCUUGACGGAUUAGGUGUACCUGAAGAAAGUAGCGUGGACGCGUCCGGCCAUGAAAUAGAGGAAGCGACCACGAUUCUCCAAACGACCGCGGAUCCGUUUUCUACAGCGGAUCAAGACGCUGGCAGCUUUUUCGAAGGUGGCAAUGGAGCGCCACGGUCUGGUGGACCCGAAACCCGGGAUGAUUCAGUCAAUGCAGAUGGAGCGAUCAAUAGUUUUAGCCGGGGUCUUUGGGGGAGCCCUACAAAUGAAGACGCGGGGGAUGACUUUUUCGACCAAUUAAAGACACAAACUAAACCGAUUUACAUACCACCGGAAACCGAAUCCAGAUUUGAGGAGGGCGUUCCACUGCUGCAUGAUUCCGGGGAAACACCGGUCGAAGAGUCCGAGAAUAAUGACAUUCCGAUCGACAAUAUCUUUGAUGGCGACGAGGAUGACGAGGGAGCGUUCUUUAAAGAGAUACAGAGUUCGGAGCCCGCGGAAAAGGAACCGCAGUCCGUACAUAUUGCACGAAAGAGCACAACCCAAGUCCUCGAAUCCCUUGACGUUCCUCCCUACUCCCCAGCAUGUGAGAGGUCUCCAACUGCUCAAGAGUUCAACAAUGAUUUGGCGGCUGUUGCGUCGGACAGUCAACUUAAGCCUGUAUCAUCCGACGAGGAUUUGGCCGCCCGGUGGCAAGCGGAACUAUCCCAUGAACCCACGGAGAAGGCUGCUGAAGAGGACCUGGCUGCGCGAUGGCAGGCGGAGCUUGACGAUGAUGACGACUUACUUCUGGGGGAUGAAGAUGCGUCUAGUGUCCCGGAAGCGAACAUUCAAGGUAUCAACGGGUUUGCUCAUGAUGCUGUUCCUGUAGGCCUUGGUAGUCCUCUCGAAACUCAUCAGACCCCUGCUGUGCCUACUGUGCAGUCUGCAUCUUAUACUCCGCACCAACCAUCCACGUCGGAUCUCCUUCAAGGGAUUCAAACACAGGGCGUUGCUCCGCAGGCCGGCAGUGCUCACACGAGCUACUUUGCGCCUCAACCCCCAUCAAACGCCCAAGAGAGCAAAGCAGUAAGCUUUUCCGAACGCUCGAAGGAAGGCUACAAGUCUCCUUAUGAUCUUCCGGUUGAUCUUACCCGUCCUCGUCGCCCUGUGUACAGUCAUAAAACCGUUGUUGCUCCGGGCAGCAAUAUGCCACCACCUCCUACACGGAGCAGUAGCAUGCCGGUGCCCCCUCAGACAACAUCUACCCUACCAGCCUCUCCAAUGGGGGCAUCACCUGGUGCAUUGACAGCGGAGCCUAAGAAUUUUUAUGAAGAACUACCCUUGCCACCUCCGAUACCACGCUCGCGGCCUGCGACUGCCGGGCGAUAUACGCCUAAUGUCAGUGCGGCGACAGUUCCACCCUCACGCCCACUUCCUCCUACCCAAGGAAAUCAAUAUGGCGCUCUUUCUGCUGUCGCACAACAGCCUAGCGAUACUGUCUCCCAGCCUCAACUGCAACCUCCGGAACGGGUCGACCCGUAUGCUAAUCUUUUGGCUCCUGGCGCACCGAGCGCACCCGCCGUACCCAGUGCUCCAUCAAGAUAUUCGCCUAAACCUCCCGCUUUAAAUACGGGGACAAUGCCUUUUCCAUCCCCUAGAUACUCUCCUGCGCCACCUCCUUCCGCUGCUCCCCCGCCUCCUAAAACCCGUUAUGCCUCUCAGCCAUCUGGCGGGCCUGGCCAAGGAGCUUCACUUCCGUUCCAGCCCCGCACAUCAAGUCCGUUGGCUUAUCAUGAAAAGGUCUCGUACCAGCCCCAGGAGGGGUUCGAAAAGAGGCCUUCUUUGGAGCAAACGACCAGCUUUUCCCCCUCCAAUGGCCCACAUACACAAUCGUAUGAGCAGGAGGCGGUUCAUGGUAUUGAUCGUCAAGAUGACACCGUAAGUUCGGGCCCCGUCAGGGUGGAUAGUCCUGAAAGCAUGCCGACGGUUCAUCAGCCCAUUUCGCCGCCAAGAAAUCGUUACGCUCCCUCAGGGUACGCCGAUGAUAAUGCGAGGUGGCCUGCUCCUCCAGCCAGCAGUUUUUCAACGUCUGCACCGCCGGCCGGUGAUUCCCAAUUCGCCCCCCCUCGCAGAUCACAAACGCAAUCUCCUAGUCAACAAAUGUUGGGACCAAAGCUGCCUGUGCCGUCCGCUGAUCCGUUCCAACGCCCAGCGUCUGUGCAUGGCUCUGGUUCUCCGACGAAAGUCGUCAGCCCUUAUGCACCAUCGCAGGUUUCUGUGCAUAAUCGUGUUGCUUCUCAGCCACUUGAGUUCAUCCCUCCCGAAGAUGGACAACAAUUCGAUCCUCUUGAAAGAUGGAGAGGGGCUCCAAUUGUGAAGUUUGGACUCGGGGGCUCAAUAACCACCUGUUUCCCUAAGCACAUUCCGAGGUACAGUGCUGGACAAGCCGCACCGAAAAUUAAAUCAAGCCCCGGGGAGAUACGCAUCCAUCAAUUCAAUGAUUGGAUCCCUACGUUGGAAAAUAUUGUACAUCACCCCGGUCCUCUGAAAAACAAGUCCAAGAAGAAGGACUUGCUCGCUUGGCUCUCCAGCAAAGUUGUAGCAUUUGAGAACGAAGGCAUUACGGACGCGGCACAAUUGCAUCCGGACUCUUUCAAGCGCCACGAAGAGAAAAUUUUGCUGUGGAAAGUCGUCAAAUUUUUGGUCGAACAUGAUGGGAAUCUGGACGAUCCAACCCAAUUGCAAUCUUUGCGCAAUAUCAUAUUUCCCCAUCUUCAAAGCACCGAGCCUGAACAGAACUAUGGUGACGCCUUUCCUGCUCCCACUUCCUUGCAGCCAUUAGAUGGAACCUCUCGACCCGACACUGUCGACCCUCAGUCACUCGAGAGUGUUCGCAGCAGUCUUCUGGUCGGUGAUCGCGAAAAGGCCGUGUGGACUGCUGUGGACCAUCGGCUUUGGGGCCAUGCCAUGAUAAUUGCGUCGACACUGGAUAAGUCUGUCUGGAAACAAGUUGUCCAGGAGUUCGUGAGACGCGAAGUAAGAUCUGCUACUAGCAAUACCGAACCACUUGCAGCGCUUUAUGAGGUAUUCGCGGGGAACGUUGAGGAGAGCAUUGAUGAGCUGGUUCCACCCUCAGCGAGGGCUGGGCUGCAGAUGAUCAACAAAGUGGACGGACAAGGCACCUCUAAGAAUGCCCUUGACGGCCUGAACAGCUGGAAAGAGACCUUUGGUUUGGUGCUCAGCAACCGUAGCCCCGAUGAUCACCGAGCGUUGUUAGCCCUCGGUCGAUUGCUACUGUCGUAUGGCCGUAUAGAGGCUGCCCAUAUCUGCUUUAUCUUCUCCAGAGCUGCAGUAUUUGCCGGUGCAGAUGAUCCACAGGCAAGCGUAGUCCUUCUCGGGGCUGAUCAUCGGCAUCUGUCCUCCAAUAUUUUGCAUGACCAUGACCCCGUAUUACUCACAGAGGCCUAUGAAUAUGCAACCUCCGUUCUUGCCGGUUCUCCGAUGACUACGCUGCCGCAUCUUCUGGCAUUUAAACUUAUUUAUGCCUGGUCACUCGCUGAGCGCGGCCGAAAUACAGAGGCUCUGCAGUACUGCGAUGCAAUCGCUGCAGCUCUGAAGGCAACCACGAAACCGUCGGUAUAUCAUCAUCAGCACCUGUAUUUCGGAGUUGAUGAACUCUCCUCACGCCUAAGACAAACAACCCAUGACGAGGGCUCGUCUUGGAUUUCAAGACCAAGUAUGGAGAAGGUGUCCGGCUCUAUGUGGGCCAAAUUCAACAGCUUUGUCUCUGGCGAAGACAGCGAUGCAGCUUCAACCGGUUCGGGAAAGGCCGGAGAUGGAGACGUCGGACCCUUCGCAAAGCUCGCCGGGACACCAACUGUUAGUCGAUCGCCGUCGGUCUCGGACAUCUACGGACCGUAUGCUUCUGCAACACAGGCUGCACAGCCAAUCCCCAGCGGUGGUCCUUCACGGUAUCAGCCGAGCACUCAGUAUGUUCCUAGUUCCUCGCCGGAACAAAUGCGUGGGGCAAGGCCAUCAUUCGACUCUCAGCGGUCUUCAUCGUACGGAUUCUCUUCGGGACAGCGUCGCGGCUCCCAAGAACCGGCUACACCGAUCGACAACAACCUCUACCAAGGCGGCCCCAUUUACAACCAUUCCCCGCCUGUUGCUGGCUACCAAGGAACACCCCCUCAGACAUCUUAUAUACCUCUCGCACCUGUCGAAGAAGACUCGAUAGCGCAGCCCUACGCUGCACCAAUCCAAGGAUCUCCCGUGAAUGUUAUUUCUUACCAGCCCCCCGGAAAUGCUUCCUUUGGCCCGUCUCUCACUCAACUGCCCACAACUACGUCUCAGCCAACUAGCGGCGGUUACAUGCCACCUGUUUCCAGUGGGGGCUAUGAGCCUCCAUCUGCGGAUAACAACGUCAGCUUUGAUCUAGAGACUACGGAAGAAAGCGGUGCUGGAGGCCCAAUGCAGAAAAAGAAAUCAUUCAUGGACGAUGAAGACGACGAUGAUUUUGCGGCCCGUGCAGCCGCCGUUCAGAAGGCUGAAAAGGAACGAAAGGAUCGUGAAGCAAAUGACGCUGUCAGAAAAGCUGCUGAGGCGGAUGCCCAAAGACCUGCCCCAGCAAAGAAGUCAUGGUUUGGUGGAUGGUUCGGGGGUAAGAAAGAGGAGAAUCCCGGGGCCCAGGGGCCUAUCCGAGCCAAACUGGGCGAGGAGAACUCGUUUUACUAUGAUAACGAGUUGAAGAAAUGGGUCAACAAAAAGGAUCCCAACAGCAGCACAGUCACUCGGGGUGCUCCGCCGCCUCCUAAAGGACAGGCUCCCCCUAGCAGGACUGCUAGUGGCAGUAGUGCACCACCGCUACCCCAGACUGGUAACCCAGGAGUGGACAGACAGCCUUCAUCAUCGAUUGGUGCUCCUCCGUCAUUGUCCAGCAGUCCAGCACCUCCUUCCCUCGGCGCCCCUCCUUCUCUCCUGGGAGCUACUGCUCGAUCAGUUUCUACCGGCGCUGCUGCUCCUACUCCACUCACUGCCGCAGCUGGAUUGCCACCUCGUCCUGCUACAUCAUUGAGCAAUGCCAGCUCAAUUGAUGACCUCCUUGGGGCCCCACAGGCACGCAAAGGCAACACUGUAAAGGGGAAAAAGAAAGGCAGAUAUGUUGACGUCAUGGCGAAAUAA